ACUAAAAAAUACAGACGCUGCACGCACGUACGUAGGCUAGGCAUGCAGUGCAUCAGCAAAUUAUCCAUAGCGUAAUGUCAUGAAUGUGGGCUUGUGCCUUUUCUGACUUAAAAUUCUGUUGGGCAACACAGGUUAUUGUUGAAAUGCGAGGAUGGAUGGCAAGUGUUUCAGUUGCACCGAAAAAUUUGGGAUUUUCAGAAGAGAGCACGGUUGUAAGAGUUGCGGGUUUGCCUUCUGCAGCAAAUGCCUAGAUCACUCCAUCGUGGUGCCAGGCAAGGGCCCGAAGGAACAGAGCGUGUGCAGCAAAUGCUACAAGCGGCUGACAGUUCCGCCCAGCAAUGAACCGGAGGAGGGAGAGAAGUGGACAUUGCCGGAAAACUUCAAAAAAAGAAUUGCUGCCCUGGCUAGCAAGCAAAAUGAGGAAUCCAGUGGCUCAUCCUCGUCGUCGUCCAAGAAGAAGGUGUUGACGUCGGCGAGGUCUGAGGACAGAGACAUUGCUGAGAGACUGGAGAGGUUGAAGGACGCCAGGAGGAAAAUGCGAGGCCGGACACUAUCCACUGAAGAAAUUGAGGACAGAUUGAAAAAGCUGAAGGGGGAACCAACCUCAUCUGAGGCAAGUGGCAGUCCGGCUGCAGCGCCACAUCAGCCGCCAGACCAGCGCACACCUCACGAGCAAACUCAAGACCUUCUGGCACAAAUGAAGGAGGAAGCUGCCAUCGAUGCUAAGAUGGAUGGCUCUGAAAUAAAUGUGAUGAUUCAGAGUUGCGUCAACACAGCUUGUGAAAAUGUUACCUUAUCACAUGAUAUACAAAUUACAAAACUCCAAAGGGGCAGGGUUAACUCACAAACGGCCAUAGGUCAAUUGACUACAACCUGUCACACAAUGGACCAUGAUUUUGAAUCGACAGAAGGUGGCAGGGGACCCAGCAGUGGUGAGAAGAUGGAGGUUGAUGAGGAACAGGAUGAGGAGGAAGCCUCCAACAGACUCAUCAAACAGCUCCUUGAACAGGAUAAGUUGGAAGCAACGACGGGGGCACUUGGCUAUGCGUCACAGGACAGCCAGCCUCAGUCAACAGCGACAUCUACGCAGAAGUCUUUCCAUGGUGGAAGUGCUCCAGACCCAGAUGAGUUGCCAUGGUGCUGCAUCUGUAACGAAGACGCCACCCUGAGAUGCCACGGAUGUGAUGAUGACCUCUACUGCAAAAGAUGCUUCAGGGAGGGCCAUGAUGGAUUUGAUUUGAAAGACCACCAAACGUCGAGCUACCGGCCACCCAGGCCUGGCAAAAGAUGACUGAUGUAACGGUUACUAUGAUGCCUACCGACAUAAGAAAUGUUUUAGCAGCUUAUGAUCAAUGCAUAAUUCCGCCUUGCAUAGUAGUUAAUAUAGAGUGAGCUAUAAUAUAGUGUAUGUAAAUGUUGGCCUACAUGUGUAUGAUAAUCAUAGCCAAACAACGUAUGGAAGAAGAAUAGUUUGCCUGGGACAGGGUGGGAAUGGGGGUAGGGGAAAUGCUCUGUUCUGAAUUUAUGUGGGAUGGAUUUUAAGGGAUGGUAUAGAUGGGCAGUUCCACAAAAAAGUGAAAAAAAGUGUCAGUAAAUCUUUGGAAAAGUGUGAUUCUGAUACUGAGCUCCUUAUUUUUCACAAUUCAUACAUGAAACAAUUUUAAAAAAUGGAAGUGGUAAUUUCAGGUGGUUAAACAUUACGUUUUUACUUUCGCUUUUUGAAAGCCUCUUUUAACCCUAACCCCCUUGGGUGUAUGUAAAAUUCAUAUUGAAAUUGGAAGAUGUGGGACUGUUAGGGUUUAUUUUGAAUUAUAAUGAUCUAGUGACAGUGAUCGUGGUAACAGAAUAACACAUUUCCACUUUUCUGGUGGAAUUACCGAGUUGUAAUCAAAUUGGUCACAAGUCAGAUCACAGUUUACAUUGGAUAAGUUGUGAAAGCAUGCCAGUGUUUAUUUGGACAGAUCUCUUGGUUUGAUGAAAUGUGGUUGAAUACUUGACUUCUGAUGACUUGUCUGUGGGCAUACCUAGUAUGAUCAGUGUGGAACCCAUCAAGGACCGACUGUAUUUGUAGUAGUAAUGUUACGUUCUCAUGUCCUAAGCAGUCAGGGCACCGCUAAGUAAUGAAUAAAGGUGCGAAUAACCGUUGAAAAGGGUUACUUAGCAGCCUAAAAUGAGUUACAUCUUCCUUCAUUUCCCAGGUUUUUAUUGCCCAUUUUCUUUUUUUAUUGAACAAUACUAACAAUUUUAAAAAUUAUUUGCCCUCCAGGUAUGUCAUGGG